AUGCCGGACAAGAGGCUGAAGCACGGGAACAAGGAGGCCAAGGCGUUCAUGAAGGCUCACCCAGAGCUCGACUGGAGUGUGGAUUGCGCGAGCAAGAAGCCCACCAGACGCGCCAAGCAGACCCAGACCCAGGCCCAGACCCAACAAUGCCGGAAGAAGCGGAGGAGGACGCGCAACAAGGAGGACGAUCGUGAGUCCACACCACCACAACUUGCGGCUCUGUGA